GUUAUCCCUAGUUCGACCACAAUGUCACUCCGCACGGCCCUCCGAUCGAUAACCCGCAGCCGAACAACCCUUCAUUCCCUUCCCCGCUUUUCUACUACCCCAUCUUUUACAUUCCGACAAGCUGCUGCCGCUGGGUUAUUCACAGUCUCACCUGCCACCGUAACCGUUCGAGGAGAGGAAAGUGCCGGAGCGUCCACGGUCAUCUCGCUAUCGAGCCUUCUACGAAGUUCCGUGCGGGGAGCGGCCGUGCGCACCAAUUUUUCAGAAGUGAACGAUGAUUUCUAGUAUUUAAUAUCAUACGAUAAACUCUUUGACCAUCACACGGUAACAUUUAACCACACAUCCUGAUCCUCGCAUUAGUCACAGAGCUUGGUUACGAAACAUGGGUAACAAGAGAGGGUUCUUCAAGGGUCAUUUUCAAGAGGUGCAUCUCGCCUGAAUUGAGGGUACACACACGGGAGUGUUCUUGUUUAUAUUGCAAAAUAGAAUCGGCGCUUGGGGCGUAACAUGAGCAAAAUGAACAGAAUUUCAAUGAGU